GCUCGUCCAUUCUCUCUUCUCAUAUUUGCCUCUCAAUGGCUGUUGUAAUCAAGGACUUAGGGUUGUUUGUAUUGUUUUGGCUUUGGAGAUACGAAGAACGGUUCCCCGCGCGAUAGUGGAGCUUCAUUGUUUUCUGUUUUUCGUUUUCUUCUCCGCACUUGCUCUUCAUCAUUGAACACGUCAUAAUGCACUCUAUAUACAAAUCCGAUUGACCGCGGCUGGCGUGUAAUGACUGCUGAUCAGAAAGAAACAUUCGCCUAGGAUCAUUAAUAUUCUUGCAAAAAAGCCGGAGGUCCUGUGUGCUGGACCUGACCGUCCCCUGAGCACCGAGGUCUUCCACGACAGAAGCUACACUCAAGGAGGAAAAAAGACUAUCACGAAUAAUGCUGUCUCUUCCCUUGAUUACGCCGCGCGACUCGCAUGAACUCUGGUUCGGCUCCUCUCAAUUCCAGCGCACCUCAUAUCAACACCCCCAGUCGCCCGGGGAUGCGCCACCGCACGGCCACCCACGGCGCAAUGGCCAGAACAUGCCGAAUGGACGAGCAGCAGCUACCCCCGGCAACAGCCUAUCGUCAUUACAGCUCGAGGAGCGCGCUCUCCGCGCCCGCAAAAACAACAUCGCUUCGUUCGGAUACUCGUGGAUCAAGCCGGCGGGAUGCUCCAAGACCAUGCUGGGUAUGAAAGAAGAGGAGGCCGAGCGGGAGGAGGCACUCACGGCCGCGGCGGCUGAGAUGGCUGCGGCGGCUGCGGCUGCGGCUGAUCCUGGCUUGGAUGAGUUUGGGAAUCCGAUGCAUGACCAGGCGGAUGACACGGGCAUGGAGCGGGAUUUGGAUGACGAUAUUCCCGAUGCGGAUGCGGACGGGCUCGUGGAGGAAGGGGAGGAAGGACUGGAAGAGGACGAAGACGUGGAUGAGGAGGGAUACAUGGAGCGGGAUCUAGACGAUGAUAUUCCUGAAGCGUUCGCCGAUGACGAUGGCGACGAUGAUGAUGAAGAAGUCGAGGAGGAUGUGGAGGAUACUGUUGACUUUGACAACCAAGCCGAUCUGGACGACGAGAUCCCCAGCGCAGCAGAUGAUUACGAGGGCGAAGACAUGAGCGACGUAGUCGAAGAAGACGGCGAAGAUGCAUUCGGGAUGGAGCGUGAUCUGGACGACGAGGUUCCCGAGGCAGCGGAAAACGGAUCGGAACAGGAAGAAGAAUGGCAGCACACCGACACCGAUGCCGAGUUUGACGACGAAGAUGACCAGAGCUUCUCGCAUGACCAAUUCGCUGCACAGGGUCUUCGAGCCAGCAUAUCGAGCAACCGUGGCCUGCCACCGCCGUCCGCCCAUCGCAGCCGGGAAACGCCAGCCCAGACACGAUUUCUACAACGCUGGAGCGGCGGCGGCGAUGUGUUCGACUCUAGUGGCAUGAUGUUCGAUGACGGUGAUCUCCGUGCGUCGUUGGCGAGCCAGGCAAGCCGCCAUAGUGGCUUUGGACGAUUUCCAAGGCGGCGUAGUGGAAGGGAUAGUCUUGAAUGAGUCUGAUCUUCCGGAUAACGGACAGCUACGGUUGCCAGGU